AUGCAGCUGUUUGAGUGUCCCUGUCCUGGGGAGGACCCCCAUCCAGGAGGCCAGAUUGGUGAGGUGCAGUUAUCUGCCUGCACACCCCCAGGCGGGGUCCCUGGGAAACCCGAAGUCCCCGGGAAACCCGAAGUCCCCCGCUUCCUCCCGGUGCUCUGCUGUGCAUUGCCGCCUGGCUCCCGGGUCCCACACGGCCACCUCUGGGGCUCUGGGGGCUUCAUGCUGGAGGAGGCCCUCUUUGGCCUACUCUUUGGAGCUGAUGCCACCCUCCUGGAGUCGCCUGUGAUCCUCUGCGGUCUCCCCGAUGGCCAGCUCUGCUGUGUGGUCCUGAAGGCCCUGGUCACCUCCAAGUCAGCCCCUGGUGACCUGAAGGCCCUUGUCAAGAUCCUCCACCACCUGGAGGAGCCUGUCAUCUUCAUAGGAGCCUUGAGGACAAAGCACUGGGCAGAGGAGGAGGUGGAAAAUGUGCACUCUGACUGCCUGGUGGCCCUUGGUCACCGUGGCCGGACUCUGGCCAUUAAGGCCGGCUGGGAUGAGUCAGGGAAUCUGGUGCCGGAGCUGCGGGAGUACAGCCUCCCGGGGCCUGUACUCUGUGCUGCAUGUGGUGGGGGCAGCCGCAUGUACCACAGCACCCCGUCUGACCUCUGUGUGGUGGACCUGGCUCAUGGAGGCACCCCCAUGGACCCAGAGGAGCCUGAUGGGCGCUCAGGAGGCCUGCCCCCUCUGCUGUUCCCAGCCAGCUUGAGCAUCUGCAGCGUUGUCACUCUGUCUGUGUCAUCGAGGGCACCUAAAGGUAGUGCUGAACUCCUGGCCCUGUCUGCCAAAGGCCGCCUGAUGACCUGCAGCCUGGACCUGAACUCUGAGGUGCCUGGCCCUGCCAAAAUGACCAGAGCAGAUGCAGGCCAGAGAAUUAAGGAACUGCUCUCUGGAAUCGGCAAUGUCUCUGAGAGAGUGUCUUUUCUGAAGAAGGCAGUUGACCAGCGCAACAAGGCCCUGACGAGCCUCAACGAGGCCAUGAACGUGAGCUGCGCGCUGCUGUCGAGCCGGGAGGGCCCCAGACCUGUCUCCUGCACCACCACCAUCGCCUGGAGCCGCCUGGAGCUGCAGGACGUGCUGAUGGCUACCUGCCUGCUGGAGAACAGUAGCGGCUUCAGCCUGGACCAGGGGUGGACCUUGUGCAUUCAGGUGCUUUCCAGUCCCUCUGCCUUAGACCUGGACUCCGCCGGCUCGGCCAUCACCUACACCAUGCCCGUGGACCAGCUCAGCCCCGGCAGUCGGCGGGAGGUGAUACUGCCCCUGGGCCCCGGCGAGAACGGCAUGCUCGAGCUGCCUGUGACCGUGUCCUGCACACUCUUCUACAACCUUAGGGAGGUUGUGGGUGGGGCCCUCGCCCCCUCAGAUUCUUUUGAGGACACCUUUCUGGAUGAGUGUCUUCCCACCGUCCUACCUGAGCAGGAGGGCGUCUGCCUACCCCUGGGCAGGCACACAGUGGACAUGCUACAGUGCCUGCGCUUUCCUGGCCUAGCCUCACCCCGCACACAGGCCCCCUGCCCGCUCGGUGCCACCACUGACCCUGUGGACACCUUCCUGGAAACGCUUCGAGAGCCGGGCAGUGAGCCAGCAGGCCCUGCCUCCCUGCGGGCCAGGUACCUGCCCCCGUCAGCGGCCUCCAUCAGGGUGUCGGCGGAGCUGCUCAGGGCUGCCCUAGAGGAGGGUCACUCAGGUGUGUCCCUGUGCUGCGCCACCCUGCAGUGGCUCCUCGCAGAGAAUGCUGCCGUGGAUAUGGUGAGGGCCCAAGCACUGUCCUCCAUCCAGGGAGUAGCCCCAGAUGGCUCUGACAUCCACCUCAUCGUUCGUGAGGUGGCCGUGACUGACUUGUGCCUAGCAGGGCCCCUCCAGGCCGUGGAGAUCCAGGUGGAGAGCUCAUCUCUGGCCGACAUGUGCAGGACACACCACGCCAUCAUUGGGCGGAUGCAGAUGAUGGUCAUGGCGCAGGCUGCCCAGCGCUCCAGCCCACCUGACCUCCGAGUGCAGUAUCUCCGCCAGAUCCACGCCAACCACGAGAUGCUGCUGCAGGAGGUGCAGACCCUGCGUGACCGGCUGUGCACGGAGGACGAAGCCAGCUCCUCUGCCACUGCCCAGAGGCUCCUGCAGGUGUACGGGCAGCUGCGCAGCCCCAGCCUCGUCCUGCUGUGACCGGGGCCUCCCUCCUCACUUCCUCCGGCCCUCUCUGACACCCACAGUGCCUUCGUGGUUUUACAGAGAAAAACCUGGAACGCGAAAGGCUCCUUUCCCGGCACUGGACUCAGGAGGCACACGCUGGCCUGGCUAGAGCCGUGGAAGGUCAGGGAAGGCGGGUUUGGCCACCGUGGAGGAGAAGGCACAAGCGAGUGCCCAAGGGAAGUGGAACGUGACACAGGGUCUUCUCGGAGAAACCGAGAGAGCUUCUGGGCCCCAUUGGGCUCUCCGUUGUCCGUCCUCCACCCUGGCCUUGGCUGCGUGUCCUCCGUCCUCAUCACUCCUGCCCUCGUGCCCAGCAGCUGCUGCAUCCUCUGUCUCGUCACUGCUGAGCAGUCUUUCUGCCCAAACCGUCGGAGCCACAUCGCAGCGUCCCUCCACUGACAUGCUAGGGCCCCGACAGGUGGCGAGGGAGAAACAGGGUUUCCGGGGCUGAGACUUGGGUGGGAGUGUGGCUGUGUUGCUCUCACGGCUCCUGCCACCCUGCCAGGCAGCACCGUCCACACCUGCCCAGCUGCCCACUCUGGGGUCACCAGGUGGGUGGACAUUCCCAACCACCAAAGCACAAGGACCAUGAAGGGGGUCCCUGCAAGUGCCAGUGGCUUUGUGCUAGCCCAAAGAAGGUGGCCGUGGCCAAAGCGCUUGAGGUCCUGGCAGCCGGGACUGCAUCCAGCCCUGUGCAGUUCUCAGGGUCACUCAGGGUGGUGCAGAGGCCCAGGGAGCCCUUUGUCCCCAUCCCCCAGCCUCUUCCCUUAGCCUGGGCAGCAGCCCAGCUCUUGGUGCUGGUGUUUUCACUCUGGGGAGGGUGGUGACUGUCCUCCUGGACCCCGAUGCAGUGCUCUGCGCCCACUCCUGCCGGAAGUGCCGUCCGCGGUGAGCACGUUGCCGCGGCUGGGAGGUACUGCUUUGCUGUCACAGACAACCUUUUUCUGUGGA